AUGAAGGAUAUGAUGACUCUGUUUUUGAAACAGAUCCUAGUGGACAGGUCGACGGAUUUUUCCCGAGAUGGCGAUCGUGCACAGAAUACUUUUUGGAGGGCAAACAAGUUCAAAGCGAACUGCUCGGGCGCCUUCGACGAACUUGCCUGUGUCCGGAAAAACCAAUGGGUCGGCGGCAUCGAGUACAUCGACCAUCCUCGGCAACCCCUGGUGCUGCAAUGCUGCAGUUUCGAGGGUCUGCGCUUCUCCCAAGAUGUUGGGGUGACCACGAUUUCGGCUGGGGAAGCGGUCACCGGCGGAGAAGUAAUCCGUGAUGGUCGUCAAAUUUCGUUUGAUGUUAUUGCUAAUGUGCGCAAAGUGAUCGAUCCGGAGGAUAAGUCGGUCUCAUACGAGGUGACGGUCCGCCGGAUGAACUGUCUACCAGAUCCGCCGGAGAUCGAGGUGGCAUAUGAGCAAGACAUUGAUGAUGAAAUCUACCGGGUUUUGGGUACCGCUGGCAACACAACGCUCAAAUCCAAGGAGAUCGAACCUCCAAUUCAGAAAUACAAGAAAAAACCAGUGCGGGAACCCAAACGAAAACCUUCUAAACAAAGAAAGCGUCCAAACAGCGAAUUCGCUUUUGGAGCCCCGAAUUUCGACCCAAUAAAGGCACCCUCCAACCCUCCAACCAGAUACCCUAAAAUCACCAACGAUGAUGAGCCGGAGGCUUUUACAAUGCAGCCCUACCAUAGAACGGUUCCUGCCCGUCGCCCACGACAGAGACCCUCCACAACCGCAAAUCCAUUACCAUCAACCCCGACCACAACUGUGGCACCGGAAACCACGUCGGUUUUCACGCCAGUUACGAUUGGAAGAGAUCAGUUCGCUCAAAUGCAACCCGGAGCCGUUACCCCAGCUCCGUUCAACCAUCUUCAAUUCCCCGGCUUCAACUUCCAACCCGUGCAACAAUCCCCUCAACUGUACAACCCAUUCCAGCUUCCGCCCCAUCCACACUUUGGAAUGGUCACACCUGCUCCAAAUCCAUUCGGGUUCCCUCAACCACAGCAUGAACAAUAUUACCAUCACCAAUUCCCCGGCCUGCAGACCGCGCAAAACUACGGGGUGCUGAACCCCAGCGGUUUUGGACAUGCGCAGCUCUCCCCAUUGGCCCAGCAGCAGAAUGUGAUCAGCGUCGCGUCGCCGCAAUAUUCGCCGCUUUCGGCAUUCCAAUUUGGGCAACCAUUCGGCAUUCCACAACCUGUGCAGCAGCCUGUCUGGCAACCAUAUGGCCAGAAUUUGCAGCAGGACAAUCAUAUGCCAGCG